AUGGCUUCAAGAGCAGAUAAGACGAUUUGGUUCCCUUUUUCACAGCAUAAAAACAUUCCUGAAAAGAGUAUCACCACCAUUGAUUCUGCUUAUAAUGAUUCUUUUCAAACAUUCAAUUCUAUACAGGCUGGAAAGUCCAGCAGCUUGUUAAACUCCUCGUUUGACGGCUCAGCAUCCUGGUGGACUCAAGGGUUGGGCCAUGGAAAUCCCACUUUGUCUCUUGCUGCCGCUUACGCAGCGGGUAGAUAUGGCCAUGUAAUUCUAGCGAGCACAAUCCAUCAACCUGCUAUUUCAUUAGCCGAAAACAUUAUCUCGAAACUAGGAAAUCCUCGGGUCAAUCGGGUCUUCUAUUCUGAUAACGGGAGCACAGGAAUUGAAGUGGCUAUUAAAAUGGCUUUGAAAUCCGCAUGUGACCGUUAUGGAUGGGACGUUUCUGACAAAGACAUUGGAGUAAUCGGUUUAAAGAGAAGUUAUCACGGCGACACUAUUGGCUCCAUGGAUUGCACAGAACCAUCUGUGUACAAUAAGAAAAUAACGUGGUACAAAGACAGGGGCUACUGGUUCGAAUAUCCAAAUGUAGUUUUGAAGAAUGGAGUCUGGAAGGUGGUUGUUCCAGAGUCUUUACAGAAUGAACUAGGGGCCAGCGCGGCCUUCAGCUCUUUGGAUGAGAUAUAUGAUAUUGAGAAUAGAGAUGGCUCACAUUACAAAAGGUACAUUAAGGAAAAGAUAACAGAUCUCAUAAAUCAGGGACAUAAAUUUGGAGCUGUAAUAUUUGAGCCCGUUCUUCUAGGGGCAGGUGGAAUGUUGGCAGUGUAA